AUGAAAAGACCAGCCGACCAAUCCACCACAAACUCGUAUCCUUUAGUUAACGACAUAUAUGAUACUGUGCCGUUACCUUUCACCCGGGAGAUUCCACUGCGGCCGGCUCAACCACUCAUCCCUAACUCCCUGCGUAUGAUUCAAAGUCUUGUGGCCACCGCUUCUUCCUUCCCCAACCCAAUUCACAAGUUUACCAUCCCCGAACCAGACAGCACUUGGAUAUCCAACAGCCUGCUCAGACGCAAACUCCCGUCGGGUGCAACAGAUGGCGCAGAUACUUCUGCAAUCACGACCGAUGGCGCUCGGAAACAAUCACGGCUCAACAACUCCCAGGCCCAGCCACUUGGCCCCAACCCAGAGGUCUCCGACAACGAGGAGCUGUUGAUGACACAGGAUGAUAUCAACCAAAUCCUCGCUGAAUCACGCGCAAAGAAUCCACGCACCUGCCCGUCAAUAUCUACACCUCCCCCCAAUAACGACCAAUUUUUAACUGAGGACAAAAUUGUACAUCACCUAUUGAACCUGGCCUUAUCUCUUUCCACCGCCUUGUUGGGGUCUAUCGACAUCCUCAAGUUCGUCAGAAACCGGCGCUUGAUUGCCACCAAAUCGUCUUUGGGAUCGAUAAGGUGGUUCAAAGAAACUUGCAAUCGGAUCCUGUCGGGUGUACUCUUCUGGUGUCCGAAGGCCAAGAGACCGAGUGCGCGGGCUUUGAGGCGCUUGUGGCGGCGCAAGGUCUGA